AUGGUAGUAUCUCAUAUAAAAAAGGCUUCCUGCUUUUUCAUAACGAAAUAUAAGGGAGGUUUAAAACCACACUGGUCUACUUAUAAAAUUAUGGCAAACUGCAAUUACAAUACUUGUGUAUUUUCAUUAAACUCAUUAAAUUGCAUUUCCAAGAGACAUAUUAGUUUUAACAACAAUGAUUUAACAUUAGAUUGGGAAAACGCAGAAGAUAUAACUGAUUUACUUUUUGAAGAAUAUAAAAAUAUAGACCCAUUAACAUUACGAUUUGAAGAAUUAGAAAAAAUGGUAGUAGACACGGUUGUAAAUAAAAACAAAAAAAAGUUAAGUGGUAGGUGUAAUGAAAGCGUUUUGGAAAAUAUACAAAUGAAUUGGUUAGAGAAAUACAAUGAAGAAAAUAAUUAA